CCAUUAAUCGCCGAGUUCCAGAAACAAGAAGAAGACGAUUUACAGUGAAAAUCGAAGUUGCUGAGCAGAAAUUUGAAGUUUCGUAGUGAAAACUGUAAGCCCUAAGGUGCUCGUGGCCGUCUCUUCCAUAUCGAAUUCGAUUGAAGUGGCCGAUUAUUUACAUUGGAAUAAUGGGUCGGAAAGCUGGUACUGUAUACAUCAAUCCAAAGAGAUUUGGCUCUCUCUCAAAACCUUGCAUGAAGGAAAUGAUAUCAUUUCUGAAUUGCUUGUCCCUUAACCACUCAAAUGAUGAGAAAUGCGUUCGGCAAAAGGAUCUCUUGAAUGCCUGUAUGGAUGCUCAGACUAGCAAGAGCAGAAAACCUUGGGGAAGCAUUAAUUACCAUCUGCAGAGGCUUAACCGGGGAAGGAAAUAGUUUUAAUUUGCACAUCGUUCUUCAGAAUCGACUUUUGCACCAGAUUAGCAUGCGAAGAAACUUGAUCGUGUACGAAAGCAUUGAUACGUAUCAUUUCUAAUGAUUUUUCUGUAUUCUGAGAGAAAAAAUUUGAUCAAAAUUGCAUUCUGUUUUAGUACUGACCAUUUGAGAAACCUUACAAUAAUAUGCAGUCGAGACUUAUAUCAACUUUAUGAUAUUUGAGAGUGGAGAGUCGAGAUUUAGGAUAAUCCUUUUAUGCGAGUGAGUGUGAACAUUUUUUCCCCUGUACAAAUCAUAGUUUUGAUGUCAUUUCCUGUGGAUUUGUGCAGUACAAACUUGGCACCUGUUAGAAUUUUGGUUGGUUCUCUUAAUAUGUAAACUAAAUUGAUAUAGUUAUGUUGUUUAAGUGUGAAAAUUAU